UCCCUCUCGCUUUCUCUCUUUCUCUCUUUCUUUCUUGAUCUUCUUCAGACUACUUGUGUCCUCAUUUCUUGGGGUUUCUUCUACUAUCACUGGUCUUCAUACCAGUAUACCUUAUACUACAAUCUCUACGUCACUGGUUAGAGUCAACAAUGGCGAUCAAUUCCGAGAAGCCCAGGGAUACCGUGCAGGCAGCAGAAGCUGCCCACGCCCAAGCCGUUGUCAAUGCUGCUACUGAAAAGUUGGAGGAAGAGGAUCAGCUCGAGGAGACCUCGCCCUCACCCUCGGAGGUAGUCGAGCUCACCGAGGACAUGUGCUACGAUCGACUGGGAUACUCGUUCACUGAAAAAAAGAAGUGGACCAUUAUCGCCGUCAUCUUCCUCGUUCAAACAUCGAUGAACUUCAAUACAUCGCUCUAUUCGAACGCCGCCACGGGAAUUUCAGAGGAGUUCAAUGUUUCCAUGCAGGCUGCACGCUGCGGUGCCAUGAUCUUCUUGGUUCUUUAUGCUUUCGGGUGUGAACUCUGGGCACCGUGGAGUGAGGAGCUGGGUCGCAAGCCCAUUCUCCAGGCAUCUCUGCUCCUUGUCAAUCUCUUUCAGCUCCCCGUGGCUCUGGCGCCCAACUUCGCCUCCAUCAUGGUCGGUCGUGCCCUCGGUGGUCUCUCGUCCGCUGGUGGCUCUGUCACCCUGGGAAUGAUUGCCGAUUUGUGGGAACCUGAUGCGCAACAAUACGCCGUGGCCGCUGUCGUGUUUUCAUCCGUUGGCGGAUCUGUGCUUGGACCGGUGGUUGGUGGCUUCGUCGAGGCUUUCCUGCCGUGGCGGUGGAAUAUCUGGAUUCAGUUGAUCUUCGGUGUUUUCGUGCAAGCUGCCCACUACCUGUUUGUCCCAGAAACUAGAACUACCGUGAUGAUGGAUCGGAUUGCCAAAAAUAUGCGCAAGUCCGGCGAAAACCCCAGCAUCUGGGGCCCUACCGAGGGCGUGUCGUUCCGCCAGCGUUUCCCGCCUCGUGAGCUUAUGUCUACCUGGAUUCGUCCCUUCAAGAUGUUCCUGACUGAGCCCAUUGUAUUGGUGCUUUCUCUGCUGAGUGGUUUCAGCGAUGCCCUUAUUUUCAUGUUCAUCCAGUCGCUCUCCCUUGUGUACGGCCAGUGGGGGUUCAACACCUGGCAGAAGGGUCUGGCCUUCAUCCCAAUUCUGGUUGGCUACUUCAUCGCUUGGUUCUCCUUCUUCCCGAUCAUCAAGCGCAACAUCAAAGAGCGCCGCGACAAUCCGGAGAGCGAACGGGCACAGUAUGAGUCUCGUUUGUGGUGGCUGCUGUAUACUGUCCCCUGCCUACCCAUUGGUCUGAUCGGAUUCGCCUGGACCAGUUUGCCUCAAUGCCACUGGAUUGGGUCUAUGAUCUUUGCUGCUAUCAUUGGUAUUGCCAAUUAUGCUAUUUAUAUGGCCACGAUUGACUACAUGAUCUGCGCCUACGGACCAUACUCUGCCUCUGCGACCGGUGGUAAUGGCUGGUCGCGAGACUUCCUGGCUGGUAUUCUCACUAUUCCGGCCACGCCGUUCUUCACGAAUAUCGGUGGCAAGUACCAUCUUGAAUACGCUUCGACCAUUCUCUUCUGUAUCUCCAUACCACUUGUUAUUGCGGUCUAUGUCAUUUACUGGAAGGGCCCAGCAUUGCGCAAGCGUUCUCCAUUCGCCCAGCAACUGGAGGAUGCCCGACACCAAAUGCAGGUCCAGAGCCGACGAGGGUCCAAGAUCCCUGCGGCAUCUCGCGCCAAUUCGUAUGCUCGCUCCCAGCAAGACCUUCGCAUCCGCCCAACGAUCGGCAGCCGAGGCAACUCCCGGGUCAAUUCUCAAGUGAACUCUCGUGCCAAUUCGCGCCGCAACAGCAUCAACCUCAAUCCUUGAUCGCUGUUCUUUGGCUUUAUUCUUUUGCUUUGAAUACUCAUAUUCAGUGGGAGUAAUGAUGGAAGUGAAAUCACUGUCAUCCUGUUAUAGGAAUCUAUAAGCCUCUUCACAUUACUUCUCCGUGCAUGCUUUCAUCCGCGUCAAUCCUACGCUGUGCGUGGCUGGCUCUAAUUCUUGCACCCGACGCUCGGUGGAUACCCCACUGCCGGUCUGUGACUUUUUGUCCCUGUGCCCUUUUAAGUAUGAGGGGGAUUGAAGGGAAUUGAACUGGAAGGAGAAUGGGCGCUGGUUCUUGAAAUUAAUUGUCUUCUGUUUUUUUCUGUGCUUGCUUUGACUCGAAAGACAAGAUUUGCGAUCUGGGGGGUGUCAUGUAUGCUAUGGGUUUUCGCGACUGAGCGAUACCAGUUAUGAAUUAUACCAUUAUUAUUGCCUGAACAAA